UUAAAGUUAUAAGAAGAAACUAAAAUUAUUCAACAAGUGCUACUGUUACGAAUUAUUCGAACUUCCUUUAAUUCCUAAAAAAAUAGUUGAAUUGAGAGUUAAAUAAAUUUGAUUUCUUUUUAAAUACCUAACUCUUGCAAAAAGAUUUUUAUUAGUUGCUUACAUCAAAAGAAAUCUGAUCACGAUGUCUUACAAUUACAAUAAAAAGCAAAAAGAACCUGAAAUUAAUACAUAUCGAGUGCAGUCUAUGGAUACAUGGAACACUGGACAGUCAAUGAGAAAAGAAAAUGAAACCAAAACAGAGCUCGACAUCAUAACUCAACAAUAUCAUUCUAUACAAUAUUUCAAUUUUCUUGAAUAUAAGCGUCGUCUUAUGGAAGCUGGUGGUGGUGCUCAGAAUAAGAAUCCUUUGUCUUUAGGAUAUGAUUUAUCAUCGUUGCCUCCAUUUGAUGGUUCAUUUGAAAUGCCAGAGAUUGGUAGUUAUAAAAAACCUAAAAUAACGAAAGCAAAUAUCACUUAUGGCGAUCACAGACGCUCUAAAGAAGGAAACUACGAUCAAAGUGCAAGUUUUCAAGGAAAUUCUGAUCCCAGACGAAAGCAAGAACAUAAAGCUCCAUCAAAAACCAGUAGUGGAUGGAGUGAUGAUGAAGAAAAUUCAACAAUUCAAUCUAAGCCUGCAAAAUCUCAAGUGAAUGGUGACGAUUGGGAUGUUGAUGAAGAUGUUUCAAAUAAUAAUAAUAAUAUAAACACCAAAAAAGCAGUUGAUGAUGUUAAUUGGGAUGAAUUUAUCACCACUAAACCUAAUUCCACUCAAGCUACAAAAAAUGUCGGUGAUUGGUCGGAUGGUGAAAAAUCAUCAGUUAAUUCAAAGAAAUUGAAAUCCGAUGAUUGGUCAGACGAAGAGACUUCAAAACCAGUUUCAAAUUAUAAUCCAAAUAAUUCUCGUCGUCCUGAUAAAGAACGAAGCUUUAAUGGCCAUAAUAGUCGUGAGGGUUCACGUAGCUCAGGAAGUGAUCGAAGCUUUAACAAUCGUCAAUCAUCACGACCAUCAGGAAAACGUGAACCACAAGAAGGUGACUGGGAUUGCUCCAAAUGUUCUGUUAACAAUUUCCGAUUCCGUACAGAAUGUUUCCGCUGUAAAGAACCAAAAUCGGGUGAUGCUGAUGGUGCUUCAUCUUCAUCAUCUCAUUAUAAUCGAAAUUCACGCGGUGGCCGAGGAGGAUAUCGUGGAAACUAUAACAAUAAUCGCGAUAGAAAUUAUGGUAACUCAAGAAAUGCUGUAACUAAAGUUAUUUCAAGUGGUUGGUCAGAUGAUGAGAAAGAAAAAUCACCAAAGAAAAGUGAAAAUACUAAACGCUUUAUAGAUAAAAACAACAAUAAUGAUGAUUGUGAUGAUUGGGAUGCACCUCCUAAGAAAUCAAAUUAUGAAGCUUUGAAAAAAUCUAAUAAGACACGAAAUGAUGAUGAUUGGGAUGGUGACAAAGAAAGUCACACGCCACCUCCACCGAAUGACGAUGAUGGUUGGGAUGAUAAGAAAGAAAGUCACACUCCACCUCCACCUCCACCGAAUGAUGAUGAUGGCUGGGAUGAAAUUGAGGCUAAAGUUUCUAAUUCCCUUACAAAUAAUAACUCAGUCAAUGCUAAACGUCCGAUAGUAAGUUAUGAAGAUGAUUGGGACGAUAAUCCAGCUCCAAAAAAGGCUUUCGUUACGUUAGAACGUAAUCCAAAUGAAAAUGAUGAAUGGAAUUUGCCUUCCACUAAAGAUAAAAAUGAUACGAAAAAGAAAUCUCCAAUUCCGCCAUCUGAUGACGGCUGGAAUUUGAGUAAUGAGAAUGUUGAAGUUAAAACCAAAACCGUUCAAAAAUAUGAAUCUGAUGAUGAAUGGGAUAACGCAUAAGUUUAAUGUAAUAUAAUAUAAGAAUCUCUCAGCCUCAUACAAAUUUACUUAAAUAUUUCUUUUCUUCUCAAACAUUUUAAAGAAUUUAAAAACGUUUUUAUAAACCUUGAAACAUUUAAACGAAAUUAAAUGUUUUAAUGGAUAAAACGACAAGUUUCAUAUAAUUUCAAGUAUUCUACAAUUUCUAAACAUUCUAAGUUGCAUUUUUAUGAUGAAUUUCAAAAAGAAUUUUUAAACAUAAAAAUUUCAAACUGUUUCAUAUAUUUGUGCUUUGAAUAAUCUCUUAAUAAAAUAAU